AUGCGUGUGCCGAUCGAGGUCGAGGAGCGCUUCGCCAGUGGCUUUGGCGACUGGCGUCAGAGGCGGCUCACAGCCAGGGAAAUCGCCAUGCUGCAGCUGAUGAACAUUGUCACAGACCGGCCAAACUGGAGCGUGGAGAUUUAUGAGUCAACGGUGAUUGCGCAUUGGGCGAGCGAAUUGUCAUCGUCAGAGCUGAUCAGCCCAGCUGCAUGGAGUUGGUGUGUGGCAGAGCUGCGCGACAAGGCGCUGUAUCAUGGCAUGUUCAACCUGACGGUUGGCUGCCGAAGUUGA